AUGGAAGAUUAGUGGUUUCUAAAUGGAAAGAAAGUAAUAAAAUAACAAAUGCUUUCAAAAUCAUCACAUCAGAUAAUUAAUGGUGUCUCAAUAACAUUAGAAGCUUCAUUUGGAUGCUUAUAGAAUCCAAUAAGAAAGAACUGUAUGUUUGUGAAUGAUGACACACUCAUGUUUAUAAGUGGCAAGCAUAUAGUGCUCUAUGACAUAAUUAGAAAGAGAUAAACAUACAUAAUGAAGAGCGCUGAAGAUGAAGUGGUUUAAGCAUUGAGUUUUCAUGUUUCACAUGGAUAAAAAUUGUUCAUUGCAAUAGCAUUCAAAUCAACAAGCAAGAUUCUUCCCACCGUCAAGGUAUAUAAUAGAAAAAAGAAGCGAUUCUAUUAAUGUGUACACUCUCAUUUAUUACCUAAUAGUAAUAUUCAUGAGAUUCUGUUUAUUAAUGAUGGAAAGGUACCAUAUAGAUUGAUAAUUAGCAUCUAAUCUCAUUGUCAACUUAGGAGGAUGGUUAUGGAAUGAGUUUGUUUGCAGUUAGUAAAGAAGUUUCACUUUCUUAUACUCUCAUAAAAUAAAAAAUUAAUAUGCUAGAAUCUAUUAGUGAUUUCGAAUUUUUUCUGAUAGGACCAUAAUUUCUGACAUCAUAUAAAUAUUAAGCUGAUAUUAGUGGCUUAGAAAUUUAGAAUAAUUUAAUAACUGUACUAGAGCUAUAAUUAGAUGAAAAUAUAGUGGGAGUUUGUUAUAAUUCUGAAAAGAAAUAUGCCAUUGUUGCAACUAGCAAAAACAAUCUCAUCAUGAUUAAAGGAGAUAAGAAUGUCGCAAAAUUCGAAUUACAAACACAAUAGAAAGAAUCAAAUCAUUUAUUAUGUAAUCAUCAUUAGAUAUCAAUUAUAGAAUAAAUUAAUAAGGAUAAAAAUAAACCAACUGAAUAAGAGAAAUUAGUGAAUGUUCGAAUCUCUACUAUAGCAAAGACCAACAAAGGAUUCAUAAUUGGUUUAAUAGGGAAGCCUGCAUUAUAAGUUUAUGAAAUUGAAUAAGAUGCUUCAGAACAAGAACAAUAUAUUUUAAAUUUGGUCGGUUCUUACUUUAUAAAGGAUGAACAUAUUUAUGGAAUUNUAUAAGAGAUUUAGAAGAAAGUGGAAAAGCAUUUAAUGGCUAGGGGUCAAUAUCAGUUGCUUAAUUAGAGGUUAGAAAUAAUUUUCUUAUUGAUGUUGUUAAAAGUUUGGAUUAAAAUUUAUUAUUGGUCGAAAAAUUAGUAAAAAGGGGGAAAGAGUAAACUAUGUAAACAAAGAUUAGAGGGAAAUGAAAUUGUAUUUUACAAAUUUUCAUUACAAUUAUUGUUAUAAUUUAUCUCUUUUGCGCUUUUGUGA